GGCCGGGCAGAGCCGCCGAGAGCCGGGCAGCCGCGCACCUCGGCCUCUGGGCUUCACGCGCCUCCACGCGCUCCUGCUCGCCGCGACCCCAGCUCCGCGGGGCGCAAAGUUGCUCCACCGCCCGCGCCCCUCGUCGCCCCGGCAUCGCCGGCCUCGGGCGCGGACACACCCCUGGCCGGGCCGGGCAGGCAGGAGCGGGGAAAGUUGGCCGCGGGGAGGGUCCGGCCCGGACCCCGGUCCGCAGCCCCGCCCCGGCCCCACGCAGCGCCCGCCUGCUCCGCCCCGGCGGGGUCCACAAGUUCUCCCCGCCACGGAGGACAAAGGCCGCGCUGUGGCCCCGCGCCGGACCCGGAGGACCCGGAGGACCCGGAGGGCCGGGCAUGAGCCCGAGGCGGGCGCGGAGCUGCGAGAGCGAGGGACCUCUGAUGGGCUGUUAGUCUGAUACUCCCUCGUUUGAAGCAGAGGCCACAGCCCCACCUGGAAAUGAGCAAGGAGGACUAGCGGCACCAGGGGCUCCACCCGUGCGGUCCACCAGAGCCGCAGAGCCGGGCUCCUGAAGAUGCUGGCAAGACUGCAAGUUCUUACCUUGGCUUUGUUUUCAAAGGGAUUUUUCCUUUGUUUAGGGGACCAUAACUUUCAGAGGAAGGAGAUUAAAAUAGAAGGUGACCUUGUUUUGGGGGGCCUGUUUCCUAUUAACGAGAAAGGCACUGGGACUGAGGAUUGUGGGCGAAUCAAUGAAGACCGGGGCAUCCAGCGCUUGGAGGCCAUGCUGUUUGCAAUCGAUGAGAUCAACAAGGACAACUACUUGCUGCCUGGAGUGAAGCUGGGUGUCCACAUUCUGGAUACAUGUUCAAGGGACACCUAUGCCCUGGAGCAGUCACUGGAGUUCGUCAGGGCCUCACUGACCAAGGUGGACGAAGCAGAGUACAUGUGUCCUGAUGGAUCCUAUGCCAUCCAGGAAAACCUCCCUCUGCUCAUUGCAGGCGUCAUCGGCGGCUCUUACAGCAGCGUCUCCAUACAGGUGGCCAACCUGCUGCGGCUCUUCCGCAUCCCCCAGGUGAGCUACGCCUCCACGAGCGCCAAGCUCAGCGACAAGUCGCGCUACGACUACUUCGCGCGCACCGUGCCGCCCGACUUCUACCAGGCCAAGGCGAUGGCCGAGAUCCUGCGCUUCUUCAACUGGACCUACGUGUCCACCGUGGCGUCGGAGGGCGACUACGGCGAGACCGGCAUGGAGGCGUUCGAGCAGGAGGCUCGUCGCCGGCGCAUCUGCGUGGCGGCGGCCGAGAAGGUGGGGCGCUCCGCGCUGCGCCGCUCCUACGACGGCGUGGUGCGCGAGCUGCUGCGCAAGCCGGGCGCGCGCGUCGUGGUGCUGUUCACUCGCGGCGACGACUCGCGCGAGCUGCUGGCGGCCGCGCGCCGCGCCAACGCGUCGCUCACGUGGGUGGCGAGCGACGGCUGGGGCGCGCAGGACAGCGUAGUGCGCGGCAGCGAGCGCGCGGCGCGGGGGGCGCUCACACUGGAGCUGGCCGCGCGCCGCCUGCCGCAGUUCGACCGCUACUUCCAGGCGCUCACGCCCGCCGGCAACCUGCGCAACCCCUGGUUCCGCGACUUCUGGGAGCAGAAGUUCCAGUGCAGCCUGCGGGGCGGCCCGCGGCGCGCGUGCUCCGAGCACCUGGCCCUGGACAGCAGCAACUACGAGCAGGAGUCGAAGAUCAUGUUCGUGGUGAACGCCGUGUACGCCAUGGCGCACGCCCUGCACCGCAUGCAGCGCGCGCUGUGCCCCAACACCACCAAACUGUGCGACGCCAUGAGGGCGCUGGACGGCCGGAAGCUGUACCGCGACUUCCUGCUCAAGAUCAACUUUACAGCUCCAUUCGUCCCAAAUAAAGAUGAAGACAGCAUCGUCAAGUUUGACACUUAUGGAGAUGGAAUGGGGCGAUACAACGUGUUCAAUUUCCAGGACAUGGGUGGAAAAUACUCCUACCUGAAGGUGGGCCACUGGGCAGAGACCUUGUCCCUGGAUGUUGACUCCAUCCACUGGGCCCAGAGCUCAGUCCCCACAUCCCAGUGCAGUGACCCCUGUGCACCCAAUGAAAUGAAGAGCAUGCAGCCCGGCGACGUGUGCUGCUGGAUCUGCAUCCCCUGUGAGGCCUACGAGUACCUGGCCGACGAGUUCACCUGCAUGGACUGCGGGCCCGGGCGCUGGCCCUCGGCCGACCUGUCGGGAUGCUUUGACCUUCCUGAGGACUACAUCAAGUGGGAAGAUGCCUGGGCCAUAGGCCCUGUCACCAUCGCCUGCCUGGGCUUCCUGUGCACCUGCGUGGUCUUAGCCGUGUUUAUCAAGCACAACACCACGCCCUUGGUCAAGGCCUCGGGCCGGGAGCUGUGCUACAUCCUGCUGUUUGGGGUCGGCCUGUCCUACUGCAUGACAUUCUUCUUCAUCGCCAAGCCGUCGCCUGUUAUCUGCACCCUGCGCCGGCUGGGGCUGGGGACCUCCUUCGCCAUCUGUUACUCAGCCCUGCUGACCAAGACAAACUGCAUCGCCCGCAUCUUCAAUGGGGUCAAGAAUGGCGCACAGAGGCCAAAAUUCAUCAGCCCCAGCUCUCAGGUCUUCAUCUGCCUGGGUCUCGUUCUGGUGCAGGUCGUGGUGGUGUCCGUGUGGCUGGUGCUCGAGGCCCCAGGCACCAGGAGGUACACCCUCCCCGAGAAGCGUGAGACAGUCAUCCUGAAGUGCAACGUUCGUGACUCCAGCAUGCUGAUCUCGCUGGCCUACGAUGUGGUCCUGGUGAUCCUGUGCACAGUGUACGCCUUCAAGACGAGGAAGUGCCCUGAGAACUUCAACGAAGCCAAGUUCAUAGGCUUCACCAUGUACACCACCUGCAUCAUCUGGUUGGCCUUCCUGCCUAUCUUCUACGUGACGUCCAGUGACUACAGAGUGCAGACAACAACCAUGUGCAUCUCCGUGAGCCUGAGCGGCUUCGUGGUCCUGGGCUGUUUGUUUGCUCCCAAGGUGCACAUCGUGCUGUUCCAGCCCCAGAAGAACGUGGUCACGCACAGACUGCACCUCAACAGGUUCAGCGUCAGUGGGACGGGGACCACUUACUCUCAGGCUUCCGCGAGCACGUACGUUCCCACGGUGUGCAACGGGCGCGAGGUGCUGGACUCCACCACCUCCUCGCUGUGAGCGCAACUCCGGCCCCGCCCUCGUGUCCGGGCUGUUAGUCACGUGCUCACGAGCCGCUCCGGACGACGGAGGCAGGAAGAAAGGACCCUAGGACCAGUUUUCAGAAGCAGUACAUAAAUUAUUCUUGAGGACUGUACAGUAUGUAGUGAUGUGCUAGGGUUUUCUAGGCUGAUUGUAGCGCCCCUGUUACUAACUGUUCCCCAGAACACGGAAAUAACCAUUGUUUACAGAGCUGAACGCUGCUGACAGGGUCUGGCAAUAUUAGGUAACUUUUUUCCUAUCGAGUUUUUGUAGUCCUUGUUGUAACUGAUUUAGGAUGUUUCUAUGUUGUAUAUUAAAGUUACAUUAUGUGUAACAGGUUGUUUUUCUGAGCACAAAAUAAAAAGCAUCUGUAUUAAUGUAAAGACAUUGGGAAUAAAACCUUUGAGGUUU